CCUGCUCCUGCCACCAUGGCGCCCGCGAAGAAGCUGGCGAUGAAAGGUGGCAAGAAGAAGAAACAGGUCUUGAAGUUCACCCUGGACUGCACGCACCGCGUCGAGGACGGGAUCAUGGACGCUGCCAACUUUGAACAGUUCCUUCAGGAGCACAUCAAAAUCAAUGGGAAAACCGGGAACCUGGGCGGGGGCGUCGUGACCAUCGAGAGGAGCAAGAGCAAGAUCACCGUCACCUCCAAGGUCCCCUUCUCCAAAAGGUACCUGAAGUACCUGACCAAGAAGUACCUGAAGAACAACCUGCGCGACUGGCUGCGCAUGGUGGCCAACAGCAAGGAGAGCUACGAGUUGCGCUACUUCCAGAUCAACCAGGACAAGGAAGAAGAGGAGGAAGAUUGAGCAGCGUAUCCC